CCCUCUCUCUCUCUACACCACUAUCUUCUCUCUCUCCCCCUCUGCGGCUCUAUCUGCUGGCGCUGCAGUGAAUCUCUCCCCCGCUGUCAGAAACCGUAAAGUCAAACAGCCGGUGGUCGGUAUCUUACCGUUAAAAGUCAUAAACCUCGUUGAAACGUCGUCUUUAUCUGACUGCGUCGAUCCGUUAACGGAGCUUUAAAUCACUCUCCAAGCAGCUUCCGACCUCUUGCGGCAAAAUGGGAAAUGAAGCCAGUUAUGCCCUGGACAUGUGCUCGCACUUUGAUGCUGAUGAGAUUAAGAGGCUAGGAAAGAGAUUUAAGAAACUCGACCUAGAUAACUCCGGCUCCCUGAGUGUGGAGGAGUUUAUGUCCUUACCAGAGCUCCAACAGAACCCCCUCGUGCAGCGAGUCAUCGACAUAUUCGACACAGACGGAAACGGAGAAGUCGACUUUAAAGAGUUCAUCGAAGGAGUUUCCCAGUUCAGCGUCAAAGGAGACAAGGAGCAGAAGUUGCGUUUUGCCUUCAGGAUCUACGACAUGGACAAAGACGGCUACAUAUCCAACGGGGAACUCUUCCAGGUCCUCAAGAUGAUGGUUGGAAACAACCUGAAGGACACCCAGCUGCAACAGAUCGUCGACAAAACCAUCAUCAACGCAGACAAAGACGGCGACGGCAGGAUAUCCUUCGAGGAGUUCUGUGCGGUCGUGGGUGGAUUAGACAUUCACAAAAAGAUGGUGGUGGAUGUCUGACAACUUUGUUUUUUUUCUUCCUCCAUUUGCUGAAGAUCUGCUUGAAGACGUCGUCCAACAAAUACGCUCAAUGAAAGUAUUUUCUUUGUGAAAAAUCCCCUCCUCACCCCCCCUCCCUCCCCCCCUCCCCCCCCCCCCCCCCCCCCAAGCCUUCUGAAGCCAAACUUUCACCAAGUAUUAUCGAACAGGAACUCUCUGUGACUCGUCGCACUUCUAAAGCUGACGGACGGCUUUUUAACGCAGAGCGACGGUUUCAGUUUGGUGGACGAAAGCUGGAGUGUGUGUGUGUGUGUGUGCGCGUGUGUGUGUGUGUGUCUUUGAGUGUGUAUGUGUUCUGUAUGUUUUACUGGUUUUUUCAAGGUAUGUGGGUUUUUUAUAUUUAUUUUGGUGUCAUUGUUUUAGUUGUUUUUUUUUUUUUUUUUUUUUUGGAGAAUCAAAGGAAGUCUAUCUUAAAGAACGUAAACUUUAGUGGAUGAUGUAGUUAGCGGUGAUGUUACUUGAUUUCAGAACAACACAAACACAGCAUGAAGUGCCAACAAGAAUUUAUUGACAUGCAGGUAAAAAAAAAUCCAAAAAAAUGAGUGUCUUUUGUUUUGGAGCUGUCGUUGAGUUAUUGGAAACAUUUAGUGACUGCAGCGCCGCUUCACGUAAACAGCUUCAUUUUACAGUCGUGUUCGGCGACAUCGUGUCAAACGAUGAGGGAGAUUGGGCACUACAUGUUUUCAAACGAAGGACUUUGGCGUCCACACGUUUUGCUUUUGCGUUAUUAAGCGCCGAGUCGGAACAACGACUUAGAGACGUGAACAUUUAAUAACCUGUAAUUAGGAAACCUUCGACGAGACGAUUCUGCUCCGACUGUUGACGUUGGAGAGAAAUCUGUGAACACUACUUCACACGCACGUCUGUAGAUUUACCGAUACACCUGAAACUCUCAGCUUUGUGGAAUAACAUCGGAGAUCGGGAAAGAAAAGCUCGUCGACGGUUUUAUAUUUUCUGCACGUUUAAAGAAAAAGGAAAAUAUUAAACGUGCAGAAAAUCUCAUCGAGUAGUUUCAUGUUUCUGAAAACUUCGAACGUGUGAAGCCACCGCUGGUUGAAGAACGUGCGGGGCGGCUGCGCGUUGGAAAGACUCAUUCAGACUUUUAGUUUGGAAUAAGUCUGUACAAAAACAAAGUUCACACUCGUUGUGUUUUUACACCUUCGGCAGGAUGAGCAGAAACAAGACUGUAAAUGAUUUUGGAAACAGAAAUGUUCUGUAGUAGUGAACUGAAUCUGUGCGUUUGGACUUUCACAUCUUUAUACUCCAACUUUCUUUGGGAAGAAGCGAAGCUGAGGAGGAAAACAACAAAAUGGCCGUUUAACCGUUAAAACCUGCUGCACUCAGUAUUUAGUCCACUGCCGGCUUAUUUACUGACGCUCUGCAAAAAGACUUUUCUACCUGAAACGAAAGACUUGUGAUGUGUUUGCAUGACGUGUGAUCUGAUCUCUUCUUCUUCUUCUUCUUCUUCUUCUUCUUCUUCUUCUUCUUCUCUGCCCGUCGCUCUUUGCAUGUAGAUCAGAUUUUAUUAAAAGCUCUUUAAAGCUUUAUUAAAGGUCUUUUUUCAAAGCUGGUCUCAAAAUUUAAUGAAAUGAGUGAAAUGUCUUGCGAAUGCAAAUAAUCUCUUCUGUGCAUGCUAGUAUAUGUAUUACUGGUUUGACCACUUGCAUAUUUGAAUUUUUAUACAGUUAUACAAUAAACAUUACGGUUUUUGGUGCAUGUUCGAUAGUUAGAUCAUGAAAAAUAGCUUCAAUAGAAUUUUAACCCUUAAAACUGUUUAUUUAACUGUAAUAGUUUCAUAUUUUAAGCGUGUGGAAGUGGUGUUAUUACCAGAUGAUGUACUUCAUGGUGAGGAUAAGUAAUCUUAACAUUUGUGUAUUUCAUUAAUUUUGCAUUUCAGAGUUUUGGCUCAUUUCAUGAAAUUCAGUGAGACCGUGUUGUUUACAUAUAAAUAAUGGUGAUGAAUUAAACAUGAACAUUUCAAGCACGUUGAUGUUGCCAAUAAAGGUUUAAACAUGGAAAAAAAAAAGAACUAAUCUUAAAUGUUUUUUAGUCGCCUGCCACUCGCUCAGUUUUGGGGAUAAAACCCGAUUUUUGUUUUCUUCACUUUUGUUUUUUUUGUUUUCAACAGUUGGUGUCCUGCUUGUUUAAUUUGAAGUCGGUGCUGAAAUGUCUGCUGUUGGUUUAAAGGGAUGUUUGUGAUGGAGGCCACGUGGAUCAGUCGUAGAGUUUCACUCCUGUUUUCAUCUUUGCUGCAUCACUGAAACUUCAUACAUGGAAAAAUGAGAAAUAAACUGUUUGAAAGUUGUUACCGA